CAGGGCAGAGCUUCCCCUUCCUCGCCACUGUGGUUUCUCUUGUCAUCUUUUCCGACUCGCCGUUUCUCCCGGGUUCCCGGGUGCUGACGCAACCUCGAGCACACAGAUUAGGAGCACAGGGUCCCUGGAGACGCUUAGCGAGGAAGGCGCCGGCCAAUGGGCGUCCAGGGGCUGUGGAAGCUGCUGGAGAGCUCGGGGCGGCAGGUCAGCCCCGAGGCGCUGGAGGGCAAGGUGCUCGCCGUGGACAUUAGCAUUUGGUUAAACCAAGCGCUGAAAGGAGUCCGAGACCGCCAGGGGAACUCCAUCGAAAACGCACAUCUUCUCACUUUGUUCCAUCGACUCUGCAAACUCUUGUUUUUUCGGAUUCGCCCAAUCUUUGUGUUUGAUGGGGAUGCGCCACUGUUGAAGAAACAGACCUUGGCGAAGAGAAGACAGAGAAAGGACUUAGCGUCCAGUGACUCCAGAAAAACUACAGAGAAGCUUCUGCAGACCUUUUUGAAAAGACAGGCUAUCAAAGCUACCUUCAAACGCAAAAGAAAUGAAGCCCUACCUAGUCUCACGCAAGUUCACAGAGAGGACAUCUAUGCUUUGCCACCCUUACAGAAGGAGGAAAAACACAGUUCAGAAGAGGAAGAUGAAAAAGCGUGGCAAGAAAGAAUGGAUCAGAAGCAAGUUUUGCAGGAAGAAUUCUUUCGUAACCCUCAGGCCAUAGAUAUCGAGUCGGAGGACUUCAGCAGCCUGCCUCUGGAAGUGAAGCAUGAAAUCCUGACCGACAUGAAAGAAUUCACCAAGCGAAGGAGGACAUUAUUUGAAGCAAUGCCGGAGGAGUCCAAUGACUUCUCACAGUACCAGCUCAAAGGCUUGCUUAAAAAAAACUAUCUAAACCAGCACAUAGAAAAUGUCCAGAAGGAAAUGAACCAGCAGCACUCAGGACAAAUCCAGAAGCAGUAUGAAGAGGAGGGGGGCUUCCUGAAGGAGGUGGAAUCCAGGCGGGUGGUCUCGGAGGACACCUCACACUACAUCCUGAUAAAAGGUCUUCAGACUAAGAAGGCUGCAGCCGCGGGAUCAGAGUCUUUUCCUUCUUCCAGCAAAAUGCACAGCACAUCUUUUGACCCCAAGUCACCUCCUGAUGAGAAGCCGAAGCCAGAGGAGGCGGCAGAGGCUGCACCUCCUUCUCCACGGACUGUGCUGGCCUUGCAGGCUGCCCUGCUGGGGGGCAGCUCGGAAGAUGAGCUGGACGGCGGGCAGCACAGUGCUGGGGGAGUUCCGGCCCCCGCGGGUGACGGCUCCAUGUCACCUCGGACACUCUGGGCAAUCCAGAGAGCCCUUGACGAGGACGAGGACGUGUGUCCACGUGUGGGGGACAGCGUGCCAGUGGCAGAGCCGGCAGUGAGGAUCGAGCCCAGGGAGUGUCCUGGCGAGGAACGUGGGGAAGGACUUACGGGGCUAGCUGGAGGGGGAGCGCUGGUGACUGCAGGGCCCCCUGCCCCUGGCCCGGGCUCUGCAGAGGAGCCUGCAGACCAGGCAACGGACGUGGCACGUUUGCGCAGUGCUCUCGAUGGUCAGGGAGGUGAAUCUCCUGUUUCUCCAAAGCCAGUGUCACCCACUUACACCGCAAAGGAAGCCUCUCAGCCCAGUGCCGAGGCUGCGGUUAAGGGGAGCAGAGGUCCUCUUUCCUUAGCACCCACAGAGAGGCCGCACGGUGAUGCCCCGGGGCUGCCCAGAGGGGGGGAGCCCACACUGCAGAUGGACCUCGGCCUGUCUGUGAGUCGGGGGGAGACCUCCACUCUUUCAAGCGACGAUGAGACAGAAGCUGGACGAAGUCCUGCUUCGAAGGCCACUGGCACAGGGAUUUUACAAGAGAAAAACACAGCAAAUGUCCCUUCACGGGGAGCUGCCCGCUUAGGAGAUGCAGGGCCGUGUAGUGCUAAGGAACACGGGAACUUCCUGAAAACCAUCGAAGAACAAGAGAAAGCGGCAGGCCGGGAGAUCAUUUCCAUUCCAGAGUCCUUGGAGCCGCUGGGAAUGGACUCUGAAGAGAGCGAAUCUGAUGGGAGUUUCAUUGAAGUGCAGAGUGUGACCAGUGACGACACACUUCAGGUUGGAUCCACCGAAGCUCCCAGUAGUCCCUCUGAACCGCAGGAAGAAGAACCCGGAGGAACAGAGGAGGAAGAACCUGCGGGCGACACCCAGCGCCUCCUGCAGGACAGCUUAGGAAGCGAGGACUCAGAUACUGAGCCGCGUAAAGAAGCUGAGAAAGAUGCAGAUGAUUCAUUCAAUGAAUGGCAAGAUAUUGAUUUGGAGGAGCUGGAAUCCCUGGAGAGUGACCUUUUAGCGCAACAGAAUUCACUCAGCGCACAGAAACAGCAGCAAGAACGGAUCGCGUCCACUGUCUCAGGACAGAUGUUCUUGGAAAGCCAGGAGCUUCUGCGCCUGUUCGGCGUUCCCUACAUCCAGGCACCCAUGGAGGCAGAGGCCCAGUGCGCCAUCCUGGACCUCACUGAUCAGACUUCGGGAACCAUCACUGAAGACAGUGAUAUCUGGCUGUUUGGCGCUAGACAUGUCUACAAGAACUUUUUUAAUAAAAACAAGUUUGUAGAGUAUUAUCAGUACGUGGACUUUCACAACCAAUUAGGAUUGGACCGGAACAAAUUAAUAAAUUUGGCCUACUUGCUUGGCAGUGAUUACACUGAGGGGAUUCCAACCGUAGGUUGUAUAACUGCCAUGGAGAUUCUCAAUGAAUUCCCAGGACAUGGUCUGGACCCCCUUCUAAAAUUCUCAGAGUGGUGGCAGGAAGCCCAAAAGAACCCGAAGAUAAGGCCCAAUCCUCAUGACACCAAGGUGAAGAAAAAGCUGCGGAAGUUGCAGCUCACCCCUGGCUUUCCCAACCCCGCGGUGGCAGACGCCUACCUCAGGCCCGUGGUGGAUGACUCCAAAGGCUCGUUUCUGUGGGGCCGACCCGACGUGGACAAAAUCAGAGAAUUUUGUCAGCGGUACUUCGGCUGGAGCAGGACCAAGACAGACGAAUCUCUGUUUCCGGUAUUAAAGCAGCUGAGUGCCCAGCAGACACAGCUCCGAGUUGAUUCUUUCUUCAGAAUGGCUCAGCAGGAGAGACAGGAGACCAAACGCAUUAAGAGCCAGAGACUAAGCAGAGCUGUGACGUGUAUGCUGAGGAAGGAAAGAGAAGCAGCAGCCAGUGAGCUAGAAGCAGUUUCUGUUGCUAUGGAGAAAGAGUCCGAGAUCCUUGAUGAAGAAAAAGAAAAAGCUCAGAAGGGAAACCGGGCACAGAAAGCGGAAGAGGCAGCAAGCCUGAAGAGAAAGCGAGUUUCAGAAUCGAGCCAAGAGGGUAGCCGGGGAGGGUUUUUGGGGAAGAUCUACCUCUCGGAGUCACCGGGCACAUCUUCUGGUGAAGAUUCUCGAAGUUUGCCUUUGGUGAGCACACAGAGCAGAAGAGAAGCUAAAGACUCCGGAGUCAGCUCUGCAGGUUUGCGGCGCUCAGUGCGGGAAGUGCCCGUGCAGGACAGAGAUGGGACCACCAGCAGCUCUAGCGACGAGGGUGGAGAGAAGCCCAAGGCUGUGCUGGUGACCGCCAGGCCUGUGUUUGGGAAGAGAAAGGGGAGGCUGAGACGUGCAAGAGCACGAAAAAGGAAAACUUAAUUCAGACAUACUCCUGUGAUUAUGUGGGGGUGACAUUUUGUAAUGAAUUUGGUUGUGAGGAUAUUAUAAAAUUAAUUUUUGUGUGUGUGAAUUUUUUGAAAAAAGUAGCUGCUGAACUUACAAUGAUGUUUCACCAUGUUAUGUUUUUCUAGUAUUUUCUACUUCAUUGAGUAUUUCCUUGCCUUUGCAGGCUUUCUCUUUAUGAUUUUAUCUUACAAUAUCUGAUGCUUUCGGACCACAUUAAACAAAACAGAAUUUGUAUUGAUCGGCAA